AUGGUAAGAGAGGUUGAGAGUGGGGACUAUCUUAGUACUGACCAUAUGGAUAGGUUCGGAAGCAUACUGGAUGAAAACACUGAGUAUCAUCCUGUAAGCUGUUUGGCCAUUGAUGCAAUGGAAGGUGUUUCGGCUGUCGCUACACCUCACAUACAAAUUCUGUUCUCGGGGAAGAUCGACGCCAGUUCUAUCGGUCAUUGGAUUGUGGUCUUCCACGAUGGCAGUAAUUUGUAUGUGUACGACAGUCUGAACAGUGCCCACCUCACUGCAGACCAAACUAAGCUGCUCUCCCUUCUGUUCCCGGACCUAUCCAUCGUUCCAGCAUUUAUUCCCGUCCAAAGGCAAGAAAACGGUUUUGACUGCGGCGUAUUCGCCAUUGCUAAUGCUACUUCACUUGCCCUUGGCCGGGACCCAGCCAAACUGCGCUAUGAUAUACCAUCAAUGCGCCCCCAUUUGGCUGAAAUGCUGCGCACGGGUAGACUGGAUAUGUUCCCUACGCUAUCAGUGUCCUCUCCUCCUGAGCCAAUAAUCAAAGAUCCUAAUUCUACUUGUUUAAGCAUUGUCGAAUCUUUACCGCCAUUAGAAAUAAGUACCAUGUCCGUCUGUGCUCCAGUUAAAAAGGGGCCGGGGAUGCUGUUCAUCGUUACACUGAGCAGCACCCUCAAGUCAACCGAGAUGCUGUUCAACGUUACACUGAGCAGCACCCUCAGGUCCACCGAGAUGCUGUCCAGCGUUACACUGAGCAGCACCCUCAGGUCCACCGAGAUGCUGUUCAGCGUUACACUGAGCAACAUCCUCAGGUCCAUCGAGAUGCUGUUCAGCGCUACACUGAGCAGCAUCCUGAAGUUCACAGGGGUGCUGUUCAGCGUUAUACAGAAAAACAUCCUGACACAAAUUUACAAAAAGCUGUUCGAUGAAGAGAAGGAUAGGAAGAAAUGGUGUUGCGGUGAGGGAUCUUAUAAAGUCCAUAAUUUACCUCCUCUGGACGCCAGUUUCUAUUCUAACCGUCUGUUCAUCGAACGAGCCCGUGCCUACAAUGACUUGUUUGCCUUCUGCGCUCUCGAGGUGACUGGGGGGUACCGUCAUCCUUCAGGCCUCGCCUUCUUUAAGAUCGAAGGUAAGAUGUACCACCAGGUUCACAGUCUGGACGCUCCAGGUCAAAAGUUUAGGACCAAGGGAGGUGAUGUCCAGUUUGUGAACCGGUGCCGCCUGUACAUAGAUGAUGGCGAGGAGCGCAAAAAACAUUGCCAUGGAUUGAGUGAUGAGCCUUCAGUCAACGCUCAUUUGGAAUUUGAAGUGACCAGCAGAUCUACCCAUGGCCCUGUUCUUGGAGAUAGGCAAACAGGCAUUGAAGUGCACGCUGUAUUGAGCAAUGAAGACACCAUAACUGAUCCAAGAAAAUUGACCAUCUGGAAGAAGAGUGAUAGGCGUCCGUCUUCCGUUGACCUCUUUAGCCCCUUAAUGGAGCCUUUCCAAUAUCCGUUGCUCUAUCCUCAAGGACCACUGGACGAGCUCCUUGAAGCUCAACGGGGUAGGCAAGCUGGUGGGCAGGUUUUAGGCGACAUCACCCGCGAUGAAACAGUCUUGGGUGAGGGUGGGGUGCAGGCUGGAAAAGUUUACCUCCCAAGUUCGUUUACCGGUGGACCCAGAUACAUGAAGGUACAUUACGAGAACGCAAUGGGCCUUGUGUCUCGUCUGGGUUCACCUACGUUUUUCCUGACGUUCACCUUCAGUGCUACUUGGGAGGAAAACAAGAAGGCCUGCCCUCACAACAGCGGGCGCAGUGACCCCUCAACAGCCUGCAGAAUCUUCCAGAUUAAACUUGGCGAACUCCUCCGAGAUCUGCGCAGCGGAGCAAUGUUUAGCCGUCCGGCACGUGACAUUGACUCCGUAAUACGCGCAGACAUCCCUUCGGAGGAGGAAGCCGCUGGAAGACUCAGGAAGUUGGUGCUGAAACACAUGAUUCAUGGUCCAUGUGGUACUGACCACCGCACCGACUUCCUGUGCUGGGACUCUGCAAAGGGGCACUGCAACAAGUUCUACCCCAAGCCUGCCUGCCAAACCACCCACGUGGACGAGAGGGGGUUCGUCCAAUACAAACGAGACUACACAAACGAAGGCUUUAUCACAUCACGGAGGAGACAGAUCAAAGUGCAUGAUGGCUGGGUCGUUCCGUACAAUUCCGCAUUACUGCUCAAAUACGAGGCGCACAUAAACUUGGAGCUUGCUUCUACUCGUCGCGUAAUCAAGUACCUCUUUAAGUACCUCAUGAAAGGCGGUUCUCUCCAGAACGUAACCGUCACUCCCCUGGGGAAACAAGAGGAUGAGGUCGAGCAUUACGUGACGAAGAGAAUGGUGGGUGCCAGCGACGCAUGCUGGCGUCUUCUCGACUUUCCUGUGUCAAAGCUCGAGCCCACCGUUGAGUGUCUUCCCGUGCAUUUAGAGGGCAAACAAAGUGUUGUCUUUCGGCCGAGACAGCUCUCUGAUGCAGUCACUCAAGCAAGCUCCAAGCUUAUGGUCUACUUCAAUCGCCCGCACCAUGAAACUUUUGACAAUGUCACGUACCAGACAUUUUACGAGAAGUUCAUGGUGCACACUAAGCGCCCACGUACUGCGGAAUUGUACGAACACCCCGAUGGCCAUCACUUUGUAACGACUCGCCAGCGUAGUGAGAAGGUAUGUAGGUUGAUGUGGGUCUCUCCCAACCGAGGAGAACAAUACUACCUUCGUAUUCUACUUAUGUCUACACCUUGCCGUGGUUACGUUGAUCUUCUGGCUCGUGGCGGUCCUGGUUGCCGGACGUUUCAGGACGUAGCCCGCAAUCUCGGCCUGGUGGAAGACGAAGAAGAAUACAAUCACGCGCUGCGCGAGGCAUCUACGUUUAUGACUGGACGUAGGCUCCGUUCCUUCUUCGUGAUCCUCUGCAACAUGGGAGCUCCCGCUGCUCUUCUGUGGGAGUCUUUCAAGAACCACCUUAGCGAGGAUCACUUAGAAAGGAACCCUCUCGACCCUGAACUGGCGGAUGACACGACUGAGUUAGGUAGAGAGCUACUCAACUACGGCGAGAACCUCCAGCGAACCAUCGUUGAGGACUGGGUGCCCAAACUCUCCCCAGACCAGCGCCGUGUGUUUGAGUACGUUCGCUCUCUGCUUCUCAACCCCCGUGACCGACGCACUUCUAGAAUCAUAUUUCUGGACGGUCCCGGGGGUUAUGGGAAGACCUCUCUGAUUCGUGUCAUCCUUGCGUAUGUCCGUGGUUGUCGACAGGUUGCACUCGCCGUGGCUAGCUCAGGGAUUGCUGCAAGGAACAUGGCUGGAGGAACAACAGCACAUAGCAUGUUCCGACUCCCUCUAGACCUAGGUCACGGCACAGGUGUGUGGAACAUCACCAACGGGUCCCAGCGAGCAGAACUCAUCAGAGCAGCACAGCUCAUUGUGUUUGAUGAGGCCCCGAUGGCACACCGCUACAUCUUCGAGAUGAUCGACAGAUCCCUCCGGGAUCUCAUGAAUAGUAGUGUGCCAUUCGGGAAUAAGAUCUUCAUCUGCUCCGGGGACUUCCGUCAGAUUGCGCCCGUCGUUGAGAAGGCUCGCACACCAGCUGAUGUCGCGUGCGUGUCACUUCGGGCGUCACAUCUGUGGCGACUGUUCACACUAUUUUCCCUGACGACACCCCAGAGAACUAGUGGUUCCAUUGACUACUCCAACUUCCUCCUUGGAGUAGGCAAUGGAACAAUAAAUCCUUUACUUUUUGGAGAAGGCCGCGAGAGAGAGUCUCUCAUUCCCCUCACUGGGGAGAUCAACGGUCGCAUCCUAGACCUCAUGGACGGGCGCAUUCAUGAGUUGAGAAGCGCGGACACCGUGGACAGAGAAGACGACGACGGGCUGGAUGUGGACGUAAAUCUCCUCAACCAGGCCACUGGCAAAGGAGUGCCAGAUCACGUCCUGCGUCUCAAGGUCGGCUCCGUAUGCUUAAUCAUGAGAAACUUAAAUAUCGGUGAUGGACUCGUGAACGGCACCAAAGUCAUUGUGACGGCGAUCAGCAGCCGACUGAUCACCGUCAGACUUAUCGGCAACACGUUCGCGUUUGCCGAAGGAUCGCCGCUCCGGUUUUGUCGCCGUCAGUUCCCCCUCAUGUUGGCGUACUGCAUGACUGGUCACAAGAGCCAAGGCCAGACAAUUGAGUACGUCGGAGUCGACCUGAGAACGGACUGCUUCACUCAUGGCCAGCUCUACGUCCUGUUGAGCAGAGUGAGACGUCCAGACGACAUCGUCGUUCUUGUACCAGACGACAGAAUAGUAGAAGGAGUCGCCUAUGCAAAGAAUAUUGUAUAUGACGAGCUCCUUCUAAAACACUGA